GCCUCACUUGUAAAGAUGGCGGUGCCGAUGAAAUGGAAGAAGAUUCAAGGCACAUCAGGACCAAAUCCGCGUCCACGUCAUGGGCAUAGAGCUGCUGUAAUAAAUAAUAUGAUAGUUGUAUUUGGAGGUGGUAACGAAGGAAUUGUAGAUGAACUGCAUGUAUACAGUAUAAGCAACAAUCAAUGGUUUACCCCAAAUGUUCAAGGCAACAUUCCUGCUGGAUGUGCUGCUUUUGGCUGUGCGAGCCAUGGCAAUAAAAUGUACAUAUUUGGUGGUAUGAUAGAAUAUGGGAAAUACUCAAAGGAAGUGCACGCAGAACCUUCGAACUACCAGUGGGAAUGGACACGAAUAAAUCCGAAAUCGCCUGUAAAUGGUCCACCUCCUUGCUGUCGUCUUGGACACAGCUUCGUGAUAGUGGAUAACAAGAUUUAUAUGUUUGGCGGAUUAACUACUUUGGAAGAAGAAGGAAAAGAAAACGUUCAUAGAUAUUUGAAUGACUUGUAUAUUCUCAAUCUGGCGGAUGAAAAAUAUCCGAAAUGGGAAAUUCCUGAAACUUUCGGUACUAUUCCUUCACCUCGAGAAUCACAUAUAUGUAUAGUUAAGCAAAAUCGAGAUGAAAGUCAGCCGAAAUUGUUGAUUUACGGUGGCAUGAGUGGAAAUCGUUUAGGCGACAUUUGGAUUCUAGAUAUUGCAUCAAUGACUUGGUCUAAACCCGAAAUACAUGGAAUUCCUCCAUUACCUCGCAGUUUGCAUUCAGCUGUUGUUGUGGGCAGAAGGAUGUUAAUUUUUGGAGGGUGGGUACCAAUGGUUUCCGAUGAUAACACUAACAGAGAUGAAACCAAAUCAAUGUCCCAUGAGAAAGAAUGGAAAUGUACUAAUACGUUAGCGUCGCUCGAAUUAGAUACUAUGAGUUGGGAAAAAAUCGACAUGGAUAUAUCAGAAGAUAACGUACCUCGAGCGAGAGCUGGACAUUGCGCUAUAGCAGUUAAUUCAAGAUUAUACAUAUGGAGUGGACGUGAUGGUUAUAGAAAAGCUUGGAAUAACCAGGUUUGCUGCAAAGAUAUGUGGUAUCUAGAAUCAGAAAAACCAAAAGUUCCUUCGAGGGUGCAGCUCGUAAGAGCAAGUAUUAAUAGCUUGGAGGUUUGUUGGAGUGCCGUUAGGUCAGCCGAUUCUUAUUCACUGCAACUGCAGAAAUUUAAGUUUUCUACAAGUGAUGGUCUUUCGAAUUCACAACGGUCAAAUAACCUUACCUUAAGCGCUAAUCCUUUAAAAACA